AUGUCUAUCUUCAAAACUCUCUUCAGACUUUUCAUGACUCUAUGCCUUUUGUCAGAGAUGGCAAGAAAUGUAUCAGGAGAACAAAUCAUCAAAUCUGUGACUUGGGAAUUAGAAAUAUCAAUCAAGUUUGAAACAACAGUGAUCCAAAGCUAUCAACCUCCUGCUCCUGAAUGUAAAAGACCAUCAAGACCAGUACUUAUUCCAAGUUACAAAGACUGUAACCGUGCUUUCUAUAACUUGGGAUUCAAAGAUGGAAUGUUAAGAACCCAAGACGUGUCUGUUAAACAAACCUAUGGAAACUGUGCUAUUGAAGUCCGCUGCGGGGGUCAUCCAAUCACAGUAUCUGCUGGACGUCUUUUGGCUGAUGUGGAUGCUAACAAGAGUGGAGGAUAUAAAAAUUUAGCAUCAACUUGUUUGGUUAAUGACCAGAUUGGUAAAGUCUUUGUGGCAGGUGGAUGUAGUGUUGAGGUAUGGCACCAUAGCCAUCAUUCACAUUGA